CGCCUGUACACAAUGCUGCCUGGUUUGUAGGUGUGCUUAGCCACUUGCCACCGUGUUAUAAAGCUAUCUGAAGUCUACUGUCUGUCUUGACUUUCUGAAAUAACCAUCUUGUUUGGUACAUCAGGACAACAAUGCUACGUUCAUAUUUUCCCCAGUAUUCACAUUCUCCUUCCCCCUCCCUCAACGAAACAAUUGACUCGCCAGUCUCUGAGGAUCACCACACCGAAUUCAGAGCCCCAUCACACUCGGAUGUGACCCCGACCAUGGGCGAAUAUACUCCAAUGCCGGCACGGGGUAUCGGUACUGUACUCAGGAACGUCGACACAGAACAGAAACUCGAGUUCAUUCAGCAUUUAAAAAGAAUUGGAGUCGAUAAAUAUGUUGAUUUACCACAGCUUGUUGUAGUAGGCGAUCAGAGCUCGGGGAAGAGCUCUGUACUCCAGGCCAUCACGAGACUCCCUUUUCCAGUUGAUGAUAAAAUGUGCACUCGCUUCGCCACUGAGGUUGCUCUACAAAGAUCUGCUGGGCCUGAAUAUAUCUCAGUACAGAUAAAGGCGGCACCAGCUGAAGAAGAUAGUGGUGUUGAAGAUAACGAUGAUUUAAGCACUGAAGGAGGCACUGAGACUAUACGUGAUAUAGAAUGUACCACGUUUCCAUUCGGGUCUCAGGAGUUUGCCAACGAGUUCAAGAGGGUUCUUGCAGCAGCGAGCUGUCAGCUCUUAGGGUCCGAAGAAGAGGGUCAAGACUUAAGCAAAGCUACCCUCACUAUCACAGUAAAGGGUCCCGAUGAAAUUAAUCUCACGGUUGUGGACAUUCCAGGACUUGUCAGUGCUGGUCACAAUGCCUUCGAAACUGCCCGUACUCUUGCAGAACGAUAUAUCGAUAACCCUAAAAGCAUCAUUCUUGCGGUGGCACAUCCAGCGGAUCCAGGAACACAGGAAGUAUUCCAAAUGAUCAGAAACAUACCGAACAAAGAGAAUCGUGUCAUUGGCGUCAUCACCAAAUGUGACCGGAAGCAGGAAGGAGCAGACAAUUGGAUUCUGGACACGAUCAAGAACGAAAGACAUCAUGGCCAUUACUUGAAGCAAGGAUGGUUUGGCUUGCGGAAUCGGCUUCCAAUCGAACGAGACACCAGCAACCAGGAACGAGACGCAAAAGAGGCCGACUUUUUCACUCGAGGAGUUUGGAAUGAUCUGAACCCCAGCAGACUCGGCAUCAAACACUUGAGAACCGCUCUUACCAAGAUGCACAACGCUCACAUCACAAGCAGCAUUCCGGAGCUGAUUCCAGAAAUAAGGGAACGGCUCUCGUCCUGUGACCACGAUCUGGCUCAACUCGGCAAAUCACGAAGCUUAAAGUCAGAACAAUUAGAGUGCAUGGUUGCAUUAGCCUCGUCGUUCUCCAAGUUAUCUGAAGAUGCCCUCAAUGGCUAUUAUCACAGUUUACCUGACCAAGAUUCUGCGAAGCUCCGGAAGAUUGUUCAAGACGGCCUCGAGAAAUUCAGAGAUUUGAUGCUACACUAUUAUCAAAACUCCUUGCCGGACCUUGAUAACACAAUUCUGACCUCCGUUAACAAGAGGACUUGGUGUUCGUCUAUUCUCGCAGAAGAGAAUCUUGCAAACAUAUACAGAGUUAUACAAGCCAACCGUGGGAGAGAAUUCCCGGAUGAAGUCAACCAAAAUGUCAUGGGUGUUCUCUGGCGCAACCAGACGACAAAUUGGAGGACGAUGGCUACAGUCCUCCUCGAGAAUCUGGUGCUUAGAACAGCAAAUACCAUGAAGGUGCUCGUCAGAAAAUCCACUACGGAGCGAGAACUCCAGAUCAACACCACCAACUGGUUAACGUCACAGCUUCCUGCAGCUUCCAAGGCUGCAGCUGAUGAGCUAUCAAGGGUACUCUCCGAUGAAGCUCGCACAUGGACUCUUAGACCAAGAUACUCCACUCGCGUAGGAGCACUUUACAAUGCCUACAUCACGGCUAUGGCUAGAUCUCUUGUCGAGCUGGAUGAUGAUAAUGGUUCGUUGGAGUAUUGGGACCGCCAGAUAAAAUUAUGGCUAGCUGGACACAGGAAUGUUGACACCGUCUUGAACACUUACGUCCGUCUCAAGGCAUAUCAUGAAGUGGCCAUGGAGAGAUUUGUCGACAACGUCGCUCUUCAAGUGGUUGAACGACAUUUGCUUGGUCCAUCCAGUGCGCUGAGAAUGUUCACGCCAUCUUACGUUGUCAAGAUGGCUGAGGACGAUGCUGAACUUCUCAAGACAAUUGCGGGCGAGAAUGAGGACAAGGCUGUUGAGAGAACAAAUCUAGCCAACGAGAUUGCUAGUCUAACGGAAGCACUGGCUUCUGCCGUACGUUUUGGUAUCUCUAACAGUUGAAGUUCUGGGGAAACAGGGUGAUUUCGGAAAGGGGAGAGUACGAAUUGUUACCGGAUUUGAAUUCCGUCCAUAUCUCUUGGGGGUUUUUAGUUCUAGCAAAUAAAGAUUGAUUUUUACCGCG